AUGGAGCCCAUCUCGGGACGUUUUAACGCACAGAUCAACCCAGAGACAGGGGCAGCAACUGUCGAAAAGAAUGGAAUUGCCGUUACUAUUAAACCGUUUGAUGAAGUAGAACUGUUCGCACUCACUGAAGAUCCGAGAGUGAAUCCCUAUCUCUUGGUUGAGAAGAGUGGUGCUGUUGAACCUAUCUAUACGGUGUUCGACAUUACAAUCCAUAACCGGGAUAACCGACGCGUCUUAGUUGACGACACAGCCAUCCUCGUUGAUGGAAACGGCGUGCAAUACGCCAAUCUAUCCAACGCUUACUUUGAUUCACUCUAUGACGACGUAAAUCUUUCACAGCGUAACUCCUCGGAGGGAGCUUACCCUUACAUUCCUACCGCUCACGGUUACUAUCCAUAUUACGGUCACUAUCAGUCUUAUAUAGAUGCAGAGGCACUUGAGUUGGGACGGAUCGCGAUAGAGAACCACAUCUUUGAAGGUGCAAAGUUGUUCUCUGGCGCGAAACGGAGCGGUUUCCUAAUUUUCGAUCGACUUGAGACUGCCGCCACAGAUAUUCGAAUCGUCAUACCUCAAGUUCGGAUAAUCCAUCCAAACGGCAAAGAGGAUAAAUUGGAAUUUAAGCUUGACUUCAGGCAGGUUCUACGAUAA